CUAACUUUACGAAACUGCACAGUGAUCAAAGUAGGCAUUUAAAAGAAAUAACCGACUGAAAUCAAAGACGAAUAAUUUCAGAAAUGGACCUAGAAACAUUGACAUGGCUAAAUAUAAGCUUCGUGGAGAAGAUUCUACGAAAGUCAGAAAACGACAAUUCGAUUCAAGUGAUGGAUAUAUCUUCGAAACAGGCCACGGUCAAGGGUGACAAUUACACUAGCGACAUGAUUAGGGUUACUGUUGAAUAUUCGCGCGGUUCUAAGAUUAAAGAAAUAAAAUCAAUUAUCAUCAAACUUUCGCCCGUACUUGAAGGUAUCCGACAAAAAAUGGUCGUAGAAGGAGGUCUCUUUGAAACUGAGAUGUCGAUGAUGUCAGAUACUUUAGAUAAAAUGAAUAAAUUGUUAGAGCCAAAGCACCGUUUGAGCGGGAAAAUGCUCCAUAUUCAAAAUGAAAAUCCAACACUUCUGGUGAUCGAAGAUCUCGCAUCUCUCGGCUUUCGAAUGGCCGAUCGGAUGUCUGGUCUUGACUUAGAUCAUUCCAUAUUAGCACUUCGCGCACUUGCCAGAUUUCAUGCAGCUUCCGUAGCCUUAUGCGAGAAGGAACCAAAUCAAAAAAAGAUGUAUACGAAAGGAAUAUUUAGUAACCAGUAUCCGUUAGAACAGAGAGAUGUUUUUAUUGAUAGUACUAUAGUUUUAGCAGACGAAGUUGCGAAAUGGCCAGGAAUGAAAAAAUACUCGGAAAAAAUUGCUAAACUCGCCGAUCACAUGUAUCAAAUAGGUUUUGAUGCAAGCAAGUUGUGCGAGGACGAAUUUAACGUUAUUAAUCAUGGUGAUUGUCAUGUAAACAAUAUGUUAUUCAAAUAUGACAAUAAUGGCAAACCUAUUGAUCAUAUUUUUGUAGACUUUCAAAUAUGCGUUUAUGGAUCGCCGGUAAUCGAUCUUCUUUAUUUCCUCAAUUCAAGUCUUUCUCCCGAUGUCAUUGAAAACAAAAGACAUAUUCUAUUAAAUGAAUACGUUGACACCUUAUCGGCGACUAUGAAACAACUGAACUGUAAGACUCAUCCGCUCAAUAUAGAGGAAUUGAAAGCUACGCUAAAGCGAAGGGCCAGCUUUGGAAUGAUAACAUCCUUCGUCAUUUUACCGUUUAUGCUGUGCGAUAAGGCUGAAGCAGUAGAUUUGGAUGAAAUGUUCAGCAAUGGUACUUAUACAAAUCCAGGUUUAAAGAAUAAGAGUUUUAAAAAAAUGUUGACGAAAAGAUUGCCACUAUAUAAUGAAUGGGCUCAAGUACCGAAAAACUGGAACAGCGGAGAAAUGACCUUAGAAAUACCGACAUGGUUAAAUCUAUGCUUUGUGGAGAAGAUUCUGCGAAAGUCAGAAAAUGAUAAUUCGAUUCAGGUGUUGGAUAUAUCUUUGAAAUCAGCCACGAUGAAGGGUGAUGGCUAUACUAGCGAUAUAAUUAGGAUUAUUGCUGAAUAUUCGAGCGGCUCUGAGAUCAAAGAGAAAAAAUCAAUUAUCAUAAAACUUUCGCCUGUACUUGAAAGUAAUCGAAAGAAAUUGGUUACACAAGCAGAUCUCUUUCGCAUCGAGAUGUUGAUGAUGUCGGAUACUUUGCAUAAAAUGAAUAAGUUACUAGGGCCGAAGCACCGCUUGAGUGGGAAGAUCCUCUAUAUGCAAAAUGAAAAUCCAAUACUUCUGGUGAUCGAAGAUCUCGUGGCUCUUGGCUAUCAAAUGGCCGAUUGUUUGUCUGGUCUUGACUUAGAUCAUUCUAUAUUAACACUUCGUGCACUUGCCAGAUUUCACGCAGCUUCCGUAGCUUUAUACGAGCAGGAUCCGAAGCAAAAAGAAAUGUAUUUCAAAGGAUUGUUUCAUAAUCAGCACCCGUCAGAGCUAAAAUCUUUCUUCACUUUAAGUACUAAAGCUGUAGCAGAUGAAAUUAAGAACUGGCCAGAAGUGAAAAAGUACUCGGAAAAAAUUGCUAAACUUUCUGAUCAUAUGUAUAAAAUAGGAGUAAAUGCAAGCAAGGUCUAUGAGAAUGAAUUUAAUGUUAUUAAUCAUGGCGAUUGUCACGCAAAGAAUAUGUUAUUCAAAUAUGACAAUAAUAGCAAACCUACUGAUCAGAUUUUUGUAGACUUUCAAAUGUGCAUCUACGCAUCGCCGGCACUUGAUCUUAUUUAUUUUCUUAAUUCAAGUAUUUCCUUCGAUGUCAUGGAAAACAAGUUAGAUAUUUUAUUAAAUGAAUACCUUAGCACCUUGUCAACGACUAUGAAGCAAUUGAACUGCAAGACGCAGCCGCCUACCAUGAAAGAACUGAAGGUUGCUUUAAAACGAAUAGCUAGUUUUGAAAUGCUGACAUCCUUUACCAUUUUACCGUUUAUACUAUGCCCUAAGACUGACGCGACGGAUUUGAAUGAAGUAUUGAACACUGGUAUAAGUCCAGGUUUAAAAAGUGAAAAUUGUAAAAAGAUAUUAAUGAAAAGAUUGCCACUGUAUGACGAAUUGGGUUUUUUGGAUCUUUAAUGUAUAUGGUACUUCACAUUUAGGGAUGGAAAUUA